AAGGAGGUAGACUCUUUCUCAUAAGGCAUCUCACCGACUUCCUCUUAGCCAGACCUCUGGAAUAAGCGUCUCCAAAUAGACCGCCCACUCUUCGCUAACAAGAAGUCUUCACUGGCUUGUCUAUUUCUUCCUCCCCCAAGAACUUUUUGUCCGUGGGAGGGUGAGACAGGUCGAGGCAAUGACAACUGGUUAUCAAGAAAGAAAUUAUCCACCAAGGGGAGAGAGUGAGGAGUGUGGGAAAGUGUUAGGGUCGGUACUGAAGCUCUGAGACUAGCGGGCCGCUCCACGCUCUCCAGGCUCUAGCCUUCUGCAGCCACCCUUUACGCAGCGGACACGGGAGAGUUAAGCCAAUAAACACGUAAGCGCCGCUCCCUCCCCAAUCGGCAAGAUGCCUCUUAGGCUCUUGGCUGCAUCGACAGCUUGCAACACUCGGCAUCUUUUCUGGAGGCGCCUCCUUCAGCGGCUGCAGAUGGUAUCCGGCUGCGAGCUCGGGGCUCGCAAUUGAUUCUCCCCCUUGCCCACCUCGGGUCCACGGACGCACUUCUCCCUUCCCCUCCUCCCCUCGCGCUCCUGGGUCUGAGCCCAGCUCGGGAUCGCCGGGCAGAGGAAGCAGUCGCGGCGGCGGCGGCGGCUGAGCAGCAGUGCCCGCUCCCUGAUUUGGGGAGAAGCGCCCAUCCCGGAGAGCCGACCCCCAGCUGCCUCCAGCGCCUCCCAUCUUUUGCACCCCUAGCCCGGGGCUCCAAGGACCACCCCCCUCCCCGGGCGCCACCAUGCUGGACCCUUCGUCCAGCGAAGAGGAAUCGGAUGAGAUCGUGGAGGAGGAGAGCGGCAAGGAGGUGCUCGGCUCGGCCGCGUCCGGCGCGCGCCUGUCUCCCAGCCGCACCAGCGAGGGCUCGGGCGGCGGCAGCGGCGCCGGGCUUGGGGGCGGCGGCGGUGCCGGCGCCGGAGCCGGGGUGGGCGCCGGCGGCGGUGGGGGCAGCGGCGCGAGCAGCGGCGGCGGGGCCGGGGGGCUGCAGCCCAGCACCCGCGCCGGUGGCGGCCGGCCCUCCAGCCCCAGCCCGUCGGUGGUGAGCGAGAAGGAGAAGGAGGAGUUGGAGCGGCUGCAGAAGGAGGAGGAGGAGAGGAAGAAGAGGCUGCAGCUCUAUGUGUUCGUGAUGCGCUGCAUCGCCUACCCCUUCAACGCCAAGCAGCCCACCGACAUGGCUCGCCGGCAGCAGAAGAUCAGCAAACAGCAGUUGCAAACAGUCAAGGACCGGUUUCAAGCUUUCCUCAAUGGGGAAACCCAGAUUGUAGCUGAUGAAGCCUUCAUGAACGCCGUCCAGAGUUACUAUGAGGUGUUCCUGAAGAGCGACCGUGUGGCCCGCAUGGUCCAGAGCGGGGGCUGCUCCGCCAAUGACUCCAGGGAGGUCUUCAAGAAGCACAUUGAGAAAAGGGUGCGCAGCCUGCCCGAGAUAGAUGGCCUCAGCAAGGAGACCGUGCUGAGCUCCUGGAUGGCCAAGUUUGAUGCCAUCUACCGUGGGGAAGAGGACCCCAGGAAGCAGCAGGCCCGGAUGACAGCCAGCGCAGCCUCUGAGCUGAUUUUGAGCAAGGAGCAACUCUACGAGAUGUUCCAGAACAUUCUUGGGAUCAAGAAGUUUGAACAUCAGCUCCUAUACAAUGCAUGCCAGCUGGACAAUCCAGAUGAGCAAGCAGCCCAGAUCAGACGAGAGCUGGAUGGACGUCUCCAAAUGGCAGACCAAAUAGCCAGGGAGCGCAAAUUUCCCAAAUUUGUAUCCAAAGAGAUGGAAAACAUGUACAUUGAGGAGCUGAAGUCAUCUGUCAAUCUGCUCAUGGCCAAUUUGGAGAGCAUGCCGGUGUCCAAAGGUGGAGAGUUCAAACUUCAGAAACUCAAACGCAGCCACAACGCUUCCAUCAUCGACAUGGGUGAGGAGAGUGAGAACCAGCUCUCCAAGUCAGAUGUCGUGCUGUCUUUCUCCCUGGAGGUGGUGAUCAUGGAAGUCCAAGGCCUCAAAUCCUUGGCUCCCAAUCGCAUUGUGUACUGCACCAUGGAGGUGGAAGGAGGAGAGAAACUACAGACCGACCAGGCCGAGGCUUCUAAACCAACCUGGGGCACCCAGGGCGACUUCUCGACAACUCAUGCACUGCCCGCUGUGAAGGUGAAGCUGUUCACAGAGAGCACAGGGGUCCUGGCCUUGGAGGACAAGGAGCUCGGACGGGUUAUUCUCCACCCUACCCCAAACAGCCCCAAACAGUCAGAGUGGCACAAAAUGACAGUCUCCAAAAACUGCCCCGAUCAAGACCUCAAAAUCAAACUUGCUGUCCGAAUGGAUAAGCCUCAAAACAUGAAGCAUUCUGGGUAUUUAUGGGCCAUCGGUAAGAAUGUCUGGAAGAGAUGGAAGAAGAGGUUUUUUGUAUUGGUCCAGGUCAGUCAAUACACGUUUGCUAUGUGCAGUUAUCGGGAGAAAAAAGCGGAGCCUCAGGAACUUCUACAGCUGGAUGGCUACACUGUGGACUACACCGACCCCCAGCCAGGGUUAGAGGGUGGCCGAGCCUUCUUUAAUGCAGUCAAAGAAGGAGACACCGUGAUAUUUGCAAGUGAUGACGAACAAGAUCGGAUCUUGUGGGUCCAAGCCAUGUAUCGGGCCACUGGGCAGUCACAUAAGCCAGUGCCCCCGACCCAAGUCCAGAAACUCAACGCUAAGGGAGGGAACGUGCCUCAGCUGGACGCCCCCAUCUCCCAAUUUUCUGGACUGAAGGACGCAGAUAGAGCUCAAAAACAUGGCAUGGAUGAAUUUAUCUCUUCCAACCCCUGUAACUUUGACCACGCUUCCCUCUUUGAGAUGGUGCAACGCCUUACUUUGGAUCACAGACUUAAUGAUUCCUAUUCUUGCCUGGGCUGGUUCAGUCCUGGCCAGGUGUUUGUCCUAGACGAGUAUUGCGCCCGAAACGGAGUCCGAGGGUGUCACCGACAUCUCUGCUACCUCAGAGACUUGCUUGAACGGGCAGAAAAUGGCGCCAUGAUUGACCCCACCCUCCUUCACUACAGCUUUGCCUUCUGUGCGUCCCAUGUCCAUGGGAACAGUCAACAAAUGCAUGCAUAUCUUAGUGGGCUGCUACCAAAUACAGACCCUGAAGGGAGCAAAACUCCCUCCCCAUCUGAACCAGAGGCCAAAAAAGAUACCAAAAAGGAAUCCAAAAAAAGAAAAGAUUGCAAAACCCAGGCAAAUCCAGGGCCCAAAAGGCCUGAUGGAAUCGGAACCGUGACUGUUGAAGAGAAGGAACGUUUUGAAGAAAUCAAAGAGAGACUCCGAGUUCUGUUGGAAAAUCAGAUUACACAUUUUAGGUAUUGCUUUCCAUUCGGUCGACCUGAAGGGGCUUUAAAAGCUACUCUAUCACUCUUGGAAAGGGUUUUGAUGAAAGAUAUUGUUACCCCCGUACCACAAGAGGAGGUAAAAACAGUCAUCCGGAAAUGUCUAGAGCAGGCUGCUUUAGUCAACUACUCCCGGCUCUCAGAAUAUGCUAAAAUCGAAGCCCCCCCAGCGCCUCCUGGGCCUCCUCCACCCUCCCAAACGCAGACCAGCAUGCUAUCUCAGAGGCUCAAAGGCAUGCCUAGGCCAAAACCAAAAAAUGUAGGCCGAUUAAUCACUCCUGCCAAAAAGCUCGAAGACACAAUCCGUCUUGCUGAACUAGUCAUUGAGGUUCUCCAACAGAAUGAGGAGCACCACGCGGAGGGAAAAGAGCCACAUGUUGAUAAAGGAGAAGCCUUUGCGUGGUGGUCAGACUUGAUGGUGGAGCAUGCGGAGACGUUCCUGUCACUCUUUGCAGUGGAUAUGGAUGCGGCGUUAGAGGUGCAGCCCCCAGACACAUGGGACAGUUUUCCACUGUUUCAGCUGCUGAAUGAUUUUCUCCGUACUGAUUAUAAUUUGUGCAAUGGAAAAUUUCACAAACACCUGCAAGACCUGUUUGCCCCACUUGUGGUUAGAUAUGUGGAUUUGAUGGAGUCCUCAAUUGCACAAUCCAUUCACAGGGGCUUUGAGCGGGAGUCAUGGGAACCAGUCAAGAGUUUAACCAGUAACCUACCCAAUGUGAACCUACCCAAUGUGAACCUUCCCAAAGUACCAAAUCUACCAGUUAACAUCCCUCUAGGCAUCCCACAAAUGCCUACUUUUUCGGCACCGUCAUGGAUGGCUGCUAUAUAUGAUGCUGAUAAUGGAUCAGGCACUUCAGAAGAUCUGUUCUGGAAACUCGAUGCCCUUCAGACCUUCAUUCGGGACUUGCACUGGCCCGAAGAAGAGUUUGGAAAGCACCUAGAACAACGGCUGAAGCUGAUGGCAAGUGACAUGAUUGAAUCUUGUGUCAAAAGAACCAGGAUUGCAUUUGAAGUUAAGCUGCAAAAAACCAGUCGAUCAACAGAUUUUCGAGUCCCACAGUCAAUAUGCACCAUGUUUAAUGUUAUGGUUGAUGCCAAAGCUCAAUCAACAAAACUUUGCAGCAUGGAAAUGGGCCAAGAGUUUGCUAAAGAGUGGCAUCAAUACCAUUCAAAAAUAGAUGAACUAAUUGAAGAAGCUGUUAAAGAAAUGAUAACACUCUUGGUUGCAAAGUUCGUUACUAUCUUGGAAGGAGUACUGGCAAAAUUAUCCAGAUAUGACGAAGGGACUUUGUUUUCUUCUUUUUUGUCAUUUACCGUGAAGGCAGCUUCCAAAUAUGUGGAUGUACCUAAACCCGGGAUGGACGUGGCCGACGCCUAUGUGACUUUCGUCCGUCACUCUCAGGAUGUCCUCCGUGAUAAGGUCAAUGAGGAGAUGUAUAUAGAAAGGUUAUUUGAUCAAUGGUACAACAGCUCCAUGAACGUGAUCUGCACCUGGUUGACAGACCGGAUGGACUUACAGCUUCACAUUUAUCAGUUGAAAACACUAAUUAGGAUGGUAAAGAAAACCUAUAGAGAUUUCCGAUUGCAAGGGGUCCUGGACUCGACCUUAAACAGCAAGACCUAUGAAACCAUCCGGAACCGGCUCACUGUGGAGGAAGCCACUGCAUCAGUGAGCGAGGGUGGGGGCCUGCAGGGGAUCAGCAUGAAGGACAGCGACGAGGAAGACGAGGAAGAUGACUAGAAGGCUAGGGCCUGGAGUCCUUUGGGACAAAGUCCUGUAAUCAAUGCAUGUCCUUAGUCUGUUAGUUAACCCCAGUAGGGAAUUUUCUGUCAACUACCAUGCCCAUGAGAUGUUUACCAAUACAAUUGCCAUUUUAGCUAUGUGGUACCAAGAUUAGCAAACGACCUUCCACCCCACUGAUUUCCUGAUUCCAUGUCUGUAUGUUUACAAGCAAUAUGGAGCACCAUUCUUUAAAAACUGUUCAUGGAGAAUACAUAGUCCAACUGCUAGGUGUGUUCCUGUUCUCAGCAAAGUUAAAUGAUGCUUCAUUAAUAUACUGUGUAUGCACUGAUGGUAAACGGAUGUGAGGGCAAGUACACCAAGUAUUUCACUUCUCUGUUUCGCGUUAUGUGGAUGCCAGUUAUUUAAACGAGUACAAUAAAUUAACGUAAGACACAUAGAUCUGCUUUGGUUUUUGGAAAACAAAGGCAAGCCUCCAGCAAGCCACCUUUUUGGUUCUUUGUGUUCCCCCAAAACUAAAAACUGAACCCCCGUUUUCCUUGUUAACUCAUCCUUUCACGGAUCCAUGUAGUUAGCCAAAAAACAAACAAACAAACAAACAAACAAACAAAAAAAGGCGGCUAGAUACCAAUGGAUUGAUCUUGUCAUUUGCCACGGCAAGGGUGAUCCUCCCAUGAGCAAACACCAAGCACAGUUCAGAGCAACUGUCAUCUGUCCAAGUUUAUCCUCUUAAACGUCCCAUUUUGCUUUUAUGUUUCGAUAACCGUGUAUGUAAAAAACCUGAAUAUUUAAAUUACAACCCUAGACUAUAAAUGUGUUUAUAAUAAGAUAUGGAUAUUUCCUUCAGUAGACUGUCACCAUAAUUUAAAAUAUUUUGUUCCACACUGGUUUUUAUAUCUGUCAUGUACAUUGCAUUUUGGUCUGUAACUGCAUGACCCCGGGGUCCUCUGCAGAGCAGUUUCUUUCUGUGUAAAGUAGUGAAUCCAUCUUGCUUUUGCCUUAUAUAAAGCCUACAGUUAUGAAAGUGUGGAAGACUGUGGCUUCUCAAUAAAUAACCAUUCAAUGUCCUCA